AUGCGGCGAGAACUGUUUAACCGAAUAGUGGAACAUGUUGUGUCUGUCAAUUCUUAUUUUGUCCAAAAGCCAGAUGCUUGUGGGGUUCUUGGAUUAAACCUUCAUCAGAAAGUAACAACAGCAGUCCGUAUGUUAGCUUAUGGAUGUGCUGCAGAUGCAAUAGAUGAGUACUUACGCAUUGGAGAAACCACUAUUUUGGAAGCUACUCAUAGGUUCUAUAAAACGAUUGUCCAUGUGUAUGGGGCCGAAUAUUUGCGUGAACCAACUGCGGGUGAUAUUGAACUGUUGCUUAAGCAAAACAGAGACCGGGGAUUUCCAGGGAUGUUGGGAAGUCUUCAGUACAUGCAUUGGAAAUGGGAUAAAUGUUUGUCGGCUAAAUCAGGGGCUUACACUACAUAUAAAGGAAGCGAAAGUAUUGUGUUGGAGGCAGUGAUGUCCUAUGAUCUCUUGUUUUGGCAUGCAUUUUUUGGUAUGCUUAUCUCUAAUAAUAAUAUUAAUGUGAUGAACCGUUCGAAUGUUUUUCGGAGUCUUAUCAACGGGAAAGCACCACCAAUGAACUUUGUGGUUAAUAGACAUUCAUAUGACAUGGGUUAUUAUCUUGGUGAUGGCAUAUGCCAAAAGAUUGGUACAAUUGUAAUGAGCAUAAAAUAUGCAGAUUCUUAA